UUUUCCUUGGAUUGUAAUAGAUUAGCGUUAAAGAUGGCGACUUACAUGGACGGCGAAGAAAAUAUUCCGGACGACGAAAAUGGACGAUUUAUUCCUCAUUUUGGUAUUGGAGGGAUGUGUAUUGCAUUUGAGAAGUGCCCAUUGUGUUUUACUACAAGAAGGCCGUUUACAUGUGAAAGAUGUUUGGAGAAUGGGGAUUUCAGUCAUUCAUCAAGCAAAAGUUCCACCGAGCAGUCGGAGACUGACCCGCACCCAGAGAGGUAUUGUGAAAAACUUGACAGACUACUAAGGCUGAGAAGUGAGAGAGACAGGUUGUUGUCAAAACUUGCCAAUAGACUUAAGGAGAGGAAUUCAGUUGCUGAUAAGCAAUGGGAGGUGUCACUCAUGAAAGGAAGGUUAGAAUGGACUCGAAUGGCAAUACAAGAUGAAAGAAUCAUGAUGGAAAAAGAUAAGCAAUCAUUAAUGAAACAUCUGGAUGAACUAAGAGCUUUAAAGGUCAAGAGAGAAGAACAUAACAAGAAAGUGCUCAAAAUACAGAAAUAUCUAGAGCACAUAAGAACCAAUAUAGACAGCCGUAAGGAAUCACUGGAGGAGAAAAAUGAGCAACUGAGAACAAAGAGGCAGGCAAAAGUAGAGCAGUUAUUACAUUAUGUAUUCCCCAUCACUGAAAUACAGCACACGACACCUAGAGAGGAGACUUGGCAGGAAGAAGUACGGCAGAUGUCUGAGUCUGAAGCUGAUGAGAAGUCAUCAGAAGAUGAGCUAGUAGCUGCAUUAGCUGAAGCCAGAAGGACAUCAUAUGUCAGAGGUCGCUGGGUAGAAACUAUCAAUAAUGGAGAAGCACAUUAUAGUAUCGUCCAUCCGUAUGUCAGGGUACCAGCCAAUGGAGAUUACUCUGCUUAUAUAGCAUGUACUCUGACAGGUGAAACUGAUGUCCCUGAUCCUGAUGCUGAGUUAGAUCUUCAGAAUCCUGGACAUCAAGUAUCAGCAGCUCUAUGUUAUACAGCUCAAUUAAUCGCUCACCUUGCCAAUACAUUGGAUGUUCCUCUUGUUAGGAAGGUUCAUUUUAGUCGAUUCUGCAAGUCUGAACUCAGUCUUCGGGAGUUUUCCUCAGCAGUUGAGAAGCUCAAUAGUAGUGUGCUCUUCCUGUGUUUUAGUCAAGCUAUUCCACCUGAUAAGCUUCACCCUCAUUAUACGCUGAGAAAUCUCAUUACAAUGGUGGACAGCAAACACCAACAUUAUGGAAGGACGGGUGAUUUUGAGAUACACAGCGACCUUCUCCUAGCUACAUUAACCACACCAAACAUGACCAGCAUGCUGAGUGGAUCAGGUAGUGAGAGCCAACAGGAUUCUCCUGAUGAUGAUGGUGCUAGCAUCGGAUCGGCAGACCAAGAGGAAUGGGAAACAGUUCCAACCACUCUACCCCUUCUCCCUCAAGCAUGCGGUGGAGUAAGUGAGGAAGGGAACACCCCCUCACCACCAGAACCUAGUCCUUCAAUGAUGAGUGCUUCCAACUUGCCACAAGCUCCUGGUGGUCUGGUAUCAUCGGCGGUAGCGUCCGUUGCAUCACUGUGGAGAACUGCCACUAGUCAACUAGAGAAAAGAUGAUGAAGGUUUCAAGGGGAGGAGGUAAUACUCCCCUUUAUCAUUCUUUUGUAAUACAGUUUAUUAUAAGCUGAAAUGUGUAUGAAGUGAUUCCAUAUGUGCUGCAAAUGACUAUUAAAGAGAAAUGGCUGAGUAAAAUGCAGGAAUGAUUUAAAAUUUGAUACAUUACAUUUAAAAUUUUUACCUUCUGUUUGGAGAAGUUACUUGCUGAUAGAGCAUUUUCAGAGUGAAUAGAGAAUAUGCCCAUAGAUCUACAUUUAAAUGCACUACACAUAUAUUUCCCAUCAAUGCACACAUUACACAUGCAUAUAGCAUGUCACAAUUCAUUUACAAAGGAAUUUGCAGGUCAUGCACAUAUUUUCUGACAAAUAUUAUUACAGGCAACAAUUUAUCACAAACAUUGCAUGAUAAUGAAAAGCUCUUCAAUAUAUUUAACUCUUUCACAAAAAUUCCUUCUCCAAAAUUUGUAACUUUAAAGAAUUAUAUGAAUGUCAAACUUAGAAUGGAAUUGAAAUUGAGUAAGUGAGCCUCUUUAUGAUGACACCAGUCGAAUAGGGUCCAUAUUUAUGUUAGUGCGUCAUCCAGUGUUGGAAGACACUUCUGACCAUUUCUCUUUGAUUGUUGAGCCAUUUGCAGUAUAUCUGAAUUCCUGCCAUAAAUUAAAGUACAUAAAACUAUUACAGUUAACAUGCUUAUAUUACAAUUUUUGUGAUUGAAAUGUCUGUGUUUUAAGAUCUAGACCAUUUGUAUUUUGAUAAGGGAAGUUUACAUGUAUGGGACAAUCAUAGCAGAAUUAUAUUAAUUAAGUUUUUGUUCUGUUAUUUAGUUUUAUGUUUAUUGCAUGCAAUUGAGCUUUACAUAUGCGGGUGUGUCAGCUUUUUCUGUAUUGGCUUUGAUGUACCCUGACUGUUGUAUGGUGCAUCUUCAAGAGAAUGUUUUGUAAGUCCUGAAAGGGGAGAUGGGGCUGGUAUUCCUCAGCCCCUACCCCUUCCUGCAAAGCAGACCAGACAUGGUUGCCAUGACAAAUGGAGGGAUUGUUAAAUAUUUUAUCUGACAAUUAUCCAACAGAUACCAUGGGAACUGUGCUUCUUAGCCGAUCAAAAUUAAAAAAAAGUUGUCAGAUACAACAACUAGUCAGACAAAAAUGUUGAUGAAAUGCUCGCCUGGAUCCACCCCUGAAUGUUUAACAUCAUUCUUUUUCUAAGUCUCAAAUGUAACAGUCAGUUGUAGUACUGAUUUCAGAACGAGGUUUUACAGAAUCUAACAAACUGACCACGCAGGUGUGGGUGUGUAUAAAU